AUGACCCUCCACGGCGACUCCCAGGAAGGAACCCUGACUAGAGCUUCUCUCCAGAAAUACCUCGUCCUCGUCUCCAUCAAUGUCGAAGACAAGAACGGCUUCACAUCCCUCGCCCUCGCUGUAAAGAACGGCCAUCCCAGCGUCGUCAAGCUACUCCUACAGAACGGCGCUACAGCUGACCAACCCGUCCGCGAUGGCCGCACCCCUCUAUUCCUCGCGGCAAACGCAAAGCAGAACAGACGGCGCAUCGUUCAGCUGCUCCUAGAGCAGAACCCAAAGCCCGACGUUGACGCUUCCAGUCCCGAGUGGAACAAUGAGAUUCCACUUAUGGUGGCUAUCACGCAGGGACGAGACCCUGAGGUUGUUCAGCUACUCGUUGAUGCCGGGGCGUCGUUGACCAGGACGAAUGACCGCGGGGAGACGGCGGUCUCGGUUGCAGACCAGAGCACGAACAAUGCCAUGAAGAAUGCACUUGUGCCAAAGGGCCAGCGGAGCAGUAUUGGCUCUGCCCUGGCCCAGCUGCUUGUCAGCGCGCUGCUCUUUGCUCUAGCCUACGCGGAGAAAUGGCCCGGCGUGCAGAAUAUUAUCCAGAAUGUCAUCCGGUCUGCUAAUAACCAGGCGAACCCUACACCUGCUGGUUCGAAGCCAGCACCGGGAACAGACAUUGACGACCCCCAAACCGUCGAAGACUUCAAGCACAACAUCAGCAAUAUAAUCCAGGAUAGCGGACUUGACGACUUCUUCGCGCCCGGUGAUCCGCACGUACAGGAGAUCGCCCAAAAGGCCGCUGUCCUGAGGAGAGACGUGGCGAAUCCGUUGAGCAGCCCGCCCAUGCUCAUGAAGCUGGCCCGCGUUGCGCUGUACCAGCCAGUGCUGUACAUUGGAGACAGAAAACAAGAAAAAGGCUCUCGUAGUAUAGACGACAGCGGCUCAAUGACUGAAGACAAUAGAAUGGUCCGUGCAAGGGCUCUGGUCACACUGAUGACAGAGGUUGCUACGACGCUUGUGGGCGACAACAAGGGCGUGCACCUCCGCUUCAUCAACAAGGAGGACUCGACGGCGAAUAACCUGCGAUCGCAGGGUGUAGAGCAGCGCAUGAAUUUCACUCCUGAGGGAUGGACGGAGAUAGGGACGAAUUUGAAGAAGAAGAUCCUGCAGCCGAUGGUCUAUGAUGUUAUUAACAAAGAUGUCUUGCAGCGUCCGGUGUUGGUAUUGACGAUUACCGACGGUGUUCCGUCUAAAGAGAACUCGAAUGAGUUUCGAAAGGCAAUUGUCGAGUCUAAGAAGGAGCUUAAGGCAAAGAAUUAUCAGAAACAGGCCGUCCUCUUCGACCUAAGCCAGAUCGGCAAUGACCCUGAGGCUGUCGCUUUCAUUGAGAGCUUUGAUGGAGACAGUGCUACAUCUGAUGUGCUACACAGGACUGCUGGUAUGCAUUCCUCGUGGUGGUGCCGUGUGUCGGCUAAUUGGGGUAUAGAACACACCGACGCCCUGUUCCAGGAGCUCCGAGAUGCUGGAAAGGAAGAUGAGCUUAAGAAAUGGCUGCUCAACAAGUUGGCAACGCCGAUCACCUUCAAGCCUUAG